AUGUUCUUGAUCCUUUCUUCUCAUGUGUUAUCUAAAAUCAAUGUACUAACUUUUUGCGAAACUAAAAUGGCAAGAUAUGGAACUUUGCAAGUCGAAUUCAAUAAUAUAAAUUAUAAGGUUGAUCAGGAUCUUAAUUCUUACGAUAUAUAUUACAGAGUCAAUGAAUCUGAAUGGGUGCAUUAUGAUGGAAAAUUGUUUGGUGAAAAGUUAGUUGCAGAGCUUCAAUUAGGUAAAUACAAAAAUGUCUUGGGUAGUUCAAAAAUUGAUUAUGAAGUGCGUUUAGAUGAAGAAGUUGUGUUCAAGGAUUAUUUUACUAUAUGUGCAGUCAUGGAGAAUAAUAUAACAAGAUCAUCAAUGACCCCUUAUUUCUAUGAACCUGGAUCAACACCAAAAAUUCAAAUUGAUGUAAUCGAUUAUAAUUUGGACCCGUCCCCAUAUUGGAAAAUCACAAUCGAAAAAGAUGGUGAAUACAUUACAAUUGAUGACGAAGAAAUGGAUGAAUUUUACUUAUCAAGAGGUUCAACAGGGUUUGGCAAUGAAAGGUAUACUUGGUACCCCUGUACGGUAGGUAAUUGCCUUCCUGACGCAUUCUUUAAUUUACAUAUUGACGAAGUCGGAAAUUACUCCGUAACGGUGGAUGUUUAUGAAGAUCCGGUUAAAUAUAAAGUUAAGACAGUUACUGAUGAAAUUUACAUUAGGAAUCGCAUGCAAAUAGAAUAUCUUGGAAGUGAUAAAGAAUAUUAUUAUCCAGGUGAAGAACCCAUCUUGAAUUUCCGAUUUAAAUCAAUAGAAGAUCCUGAAACAAAUUAUAACGUUUAUGUUAAUGAUGACAAAUUCGUAAUACAUGAAACUAAUGGAGAAGUUUUUACAUGCACCAUUAAAAUACCUGAAAAUGUACAAACUGAUGAAUUUAGUUUCAAUUAUAACGUGUCUGUCGCAGAUGUAAUAUGGUCUGAUAACAACUCAGAUAAACUUGAGGUAAGAUCAAAGCCUAUUCUUUCCAAUCCGCUUAGUGAGAAUCCAUAUAUAUUUACAGAUGAUAUUAGCGUUUCAGUUACUUGCAAUGAUGAAGAUAAUAAUGAGAAAUUCAAUAUAUAUUACAAAGUUGGAGAAGGUUCUAAUAAUUUCAAUAUGUUGCCUGAUGCCAUCGAUGCCGAUGAAUCUAAGCAAACAGUUCUCAAGGUUAAAGUAGAUAAUACACUUUUGAGUCACGGAAACAACGAAAUCUUCAUCAAAGUAGUUGAUAAAUUCAGAAUAGAAUCAAAUAUUAUCAAAACAGACGUCAAGAUUGUUUCUUUGCCAAGCAUAAAAAUCUCAGGUCAAUCCGAGUUCUAUCAAACUGGCGACGAUGUAAACUUGAGAAUUGAAAUAUCAGACGAAGAUGAUGACGAUUAUUCUGAUAUCUCGUAUUCAUUUGGUGAUGAAAUCAGCGAGCCCACAUUCCUUCAGAAGAUAACAUAUCAAGAUGGAAGCAAGACAUACUCUGGUCCACUUAACACAUUCAAGAUACCAGAAGAUGCUUCUGCGGGUCCUCUGACUCUGACAAUUUUCGCUAAAGAUUCAUUCGGAAAAACAAAUACUCAAAAGAUUGUUCUCAUGAUCCAUAAGAAACCAGUCAUAACUCCUCAGAUCGGACAGACAAAUCUAGUUCCAGGAAAAUCGUAUCAAAUCACAUUCGAAAUUUCUGAUGGAGAUCUUCCAAACGACGAGAUCAGUAUUUCAUACAAACUUGGUGAUAGUGGUGAUUAUCUAAAUGCACUCACAUACAAAGAUGGUGAAUCUAAAGAAUUCGAUGUUUCCGUUCCUUCCGACUAUCAACCAGGAAACACAACAAUCAAAAUCAAAGCAGUUGACAAAUUCUCACUUCAAGAUGAGAAAACACUCAAUGUUUAUAUUAAACACAAACCUACAAUCACUGUCGAUGAACUCACGAAAACAAACUUCGUAGGUGGUAAGACAGUUUCAUUCAAUGGAACAUAUUCUGAUGAAGACAAUGACAAAGGAAAAGUACAUCUUCACUCCGAUAUAGGUGAUUCAUCCACAGAGAUGUUAAACAGUGGAGAUAAAUUCAACAUUCAACUUUCCAUUCCUGCAGAUCAACAAGUUGGACCUAUCACAGUUAAUCUCAAGAGCGAAGACUCUGAUGGUCUAACUUCAGCAGAUAGUCCUGUUACAUUCUAUGUUAGAUCAGUUCCGAAAUUCGGUGAUUGUCAAUUUGACAAAGAGAUCUACAAAGCAGGAGAUUCUGUCACAAUCACAUGUACUAUUAACGAUAAUGAUUCUGGAGACAAAAUCAAAUAUGGAACAUAUGAUUCAUCAAAUGAUCAAUUCACGAAGCAAUCAGAAAUUGACAUUUCAUCAAGUUCAGCAAGAAUAUCUUUCGGCCCAUAUCAGAUCCCACCAGAUUAUACAGAACCAUCUUACGAUGUUACUUUAAGAGUUAUUGAUAGUUAUGAAUUUUAUUCAGAUAAACAAAUCCAAGCUUCUCUGAAAAACAAACCUAUCAUUGUAUCGAAAUCUUCUGACAAAGAGUACUAUCUCAGAGGCGAAACAAUUAACUUGAAAGUUUUUAUAAGUGAUGAUGAUAACACAGAUUCUGUCACAGUCACAGCUCAAUUCGGAGAACAGAGAUCAACAAAAACACAAGACACGACUAAAGGUGUCGAAUCAGAAUUCGAUCUGUCAUUCACUAUCCCAGAUGACGCAGAGAUCGGCCAAAUGACAAUUUUUAUUUCUGCAUCGGACAGCUCAGGAAUAACUGCAGGACCAGAAAAUAUUAUUUUGCCUCUCUAUUUCAAGCCAAUAAUCAAAGUAACAUCUCCAACACAAAUAUACAAACCAAGUGAAACAGCAGUAAUUAGUGUAUCAAUUGAAGACCAUGAUGCCGAAGAGAUUGUCAGUCUCAAGUACAAAUACGAAGGUAUGACGAACUAUGCGACUAUCACUCCUAGUGUUACAAUCGACUCUGAAACGAAGUCAGCGACAACACAAGUGGAUGUCCCUCUUCCAAACGAAUACGGCGGAGAACUUCAAAUCGAAUUGAUUGGCACCGACAAACACUCCCUUGAAUCCUCUAAAGAACUUGCACCUGUCACUAUCAGAAAUGCUCCACAACUCGAGUACAAUUCUCAAAUUCAAACGAUUGUUCAGGGAGAUGAAUUGAAGAUUUCAGGAUUUAUCAAAGAUUAUGACACAAAGGAUACUUUCACCUUAUUUAUUGAUAAUUCUGCACACGAUACGAAAUUCGAGCGUACAUCUGAAAAAACCACUUUUUCAAUUCAAAUUCCUAUUUCUAACUUGGCAACCGGAGAAAGAUCCUUGGAUAUAUAUGUCAAAGAUAGCUCUAAUUUCGAAUCUGAUCAUAAAAACAUUGUGUUCAAUAUGAGAGCAAGACCUGUUGUAGAAAUAAAUCCAAUUAAUGGAAGACAUCAAAGAGGAAAGCAAUUAGAAAUUUCCUUCAAUAUUAAAGAUGAAGAUGAAGGAGAUUCAUCCAUUAUCAAAAUCAAAUAUGGCAACAAAGAAAUCCAAAGUAAUACAAGAAAACUUCGUGAUGAAGGACGAAUCACAACUAAAUCAACAUUUGAAGAGCACAAACUCAAUAUUUUAAUUCCAAAUGACUCCAAGUUCGGUGAAUCUACUCUUGAAAUUGUAGCAAUAGAUUCAUAUGGAUAUUCAUCAAAUCCUGUUUCAACUACAGUCUAUGUUUUAACACCACCUCAAAUAAUUUAUCAUGGAAAUGAUAGAGAUGAUAUUAAACCUGGAGAUAACGUUACAACAUUGUUUAAAGUUAAAGAUGUUGAUGGUGAUAAUAACAUUACUAUUUCUCUCCAACUUCCAGAUGGAACAGUUAUUGGCCAGAUUACUCAUGAAUGCAUACAGGAUUCGAACUUGAAAUCAUCUUGCAACGACAAAGACUCUAAUCUCAAUCUUUCGAUUCCAGAAUCAACAUCAGAUGGAGAGUAUCCAGUUAUUGCAAUAAUUAAUGAUACUUACGGACAAUUUUCAACCGUACCAAUAACUCUUAAUGUAAUGAACUAUCAACCAGAAGUCGAAAUCGUUAAUAAAGAAGAAAUCCAGAGGACUGUUUUUGCUCCAAAUGAAACAGUGAUCUUCAAUUAUAGAAUUAGAGAUAAUAAUACAGAAGAUUUUUCAAAAGUUUACAUUGCAAUUUAUAAUGACACAAAUAUAACAGAUGACACCAUACCACAUGCUAUAUAUGAUACAACAAAAGAAUGGUCAGCGCAUAAUUAUUCAUUUGAAAUACCAAGCUCAUUCAGUGAUGGUAAGUAUACAUUUACUAUUUAUUUAGUAGAUAAGAAUGGCAAGAAAUCUAAAAUUUCUCAAUCAACAUUUCAUGUGGAUAGAGCAAAAGGUGCUAUAUAUGGCGACACUAAUCUAUUCCAAGUUCUUGUUGAAAAGAGAUGGAUCGUUAUUGUAAUCAUUUCAUUAGUUUCCAUUCUUGCCCUAAUAGUCAUUCUCGUCAUUAUUAUUCUUUUGAUACCAUGUGGAAAGGAAGAAAGUGAGAUGAACGAAGAAGAAGACGAACAUCCUGAAAUUGCCGAUGAUUGGUCAGAACCAGAAGAUUCAGGUGAAACUGUUUCUGUGAAUUCUGAUGAAGUUGAGGAAUUUGAUGUUAAUAUAUAA